AUGAUUUAUCAAUUAUUAAUCUUAUCAUUAGUAGUUAAUGUUCUAACUUCGUCAGCUGUCAAGGAAUAUAUCAAUCAUGAAAAUGAAUUCAAUAAUAUACAAUUCAAUCAACUUAAAUAUAUAUAUCAUCAUUUUCUUUUAAACCAAAAUCCAGCUAAUCCUUCAUGUUUCGGUUGUAAAGCUGGAUUAUGGAUGCUUAAAACAUUUGUCUUUGGUAGUAGACAAUUUGUAGAUGAUCAUAUUGAAGUAACAUGUACAAAUUUUAAAAAUAUUUAUAAACCUUGUAAAAGAAUAUUAACUGAAUUUCUGGAUUACGCUUAUGAUUUAAUAUAUGGUUACAGUUCAGCCGAUCUAUGUGCACUUGCUGGAAUAUGUAAAAAUCCACCGAAAAUUGACUUUUGUCCACUUUGCUUAAUGAGUGUAGAAGAAAGUAAAAAUAUUUUAUUAUCUGAUGCCCUUCUCAAUGAAUUACAAUCGGUAUUUGUACAUGUAUGUGAUUAUGUAAGAUUGGAAGUACAAUGUUCCACAUUUCUGAAUGAACUUUAUGAAAAUGUUAUCGAUAUAAUGAAACAUGUUGUAGAACCACAUUUCUUUUGUCAGUUGGGUCACAUGUGUAAUACAACAUAUACAGAGGUAUCGAAUUACAAUUAG